AUGGCAAAUAUAGCAGCGAAACGCAUAAAACGAGAAUUCAAGGAGGUCAUGAAAAGUGAAGAGGUAGCCGGCGGUAGCAUUAAAUUGGAGUUGAUUAACGACAGCUGGACGGAGCUCCAAGGCGAGAUUGCUGGUCCUCCGGACACACCAUACGAAGGUGGCACGUUUUUACUUGAGAUCAAGGUGCCGGAGACAUACCCAUUCAAUCCGCCAAAGAUUCGCUUUAUGACAAAGAUCUGGCACCCUAACGUGUCGUCGGUAACAGGCGCUAUAUGCUUAGACAUACUCAAAGAUCAAUGGGCGGCUGCCCUGACGCUGCGUACAGUGCUGCUCUCGAUCCAGGCUCUUCUGUCAGCCGCAGAGCCGAACGACCCGCAGGAUGCUGUGGUGGCUAAGCAAUACCGUGAAGAUAUACGGCUGUUUAAUCUGACUGCCAGUCACUGGACCAAUGUCUAUGCUGGAGGGCCUACCGUCAUCUGGGAAUUCAAUCAGAAGGUUCAAGUAUUAAUAGAUAUGGGCAUUGAUGAAGAUCAAGCUAGGGUAGCACUUUCAACAUUUGAAUGGGAAAUUGAGAGGGCCACAGAACAUCUCUUUAGUUAA